CGAAUAUUCCAAUAAAAUUUGGGAUACCAACAACACCGACAGCAACUACCACCCCACCAAUUCGCAAUAUGUCGUUCAGAGGUGGCUCCAGAGGCGGUCGCGGUACCGGUGCGAAUUCAUUCGGAGGUGGAAGCAGAGGAGGCGGCGGGUUUGGGGCUCGUGGUGGCGGUCGCGGUGGUUUCUCUAGGGAUAUGGGGCCUCCAGCCUCAGUCUUGGAGUUGGGAUCUUUCCUGCACGCAUGCGAGGGCGAAAUGGUUUGCGAAUCUACCAACACGAAAAUUCCAUACUUCAACGCACCCAUCUACCUCGAGAAUAAGACCUCGAUUGGCAAAGUUGAUGAGAUCCUUGGCCCAAUCAACCAGGUUUACUUCACCAUAAAGCCAACGGAGGGAAUUCAGGCUGGUUCUUUCAAAUCAGGCGACAAAUUCUUCAUUGGCGGCGAUAAGCUCCUGCCCCUUGAGAAGUUCCUGCCAAAGCCAAAGCCAGCACCUGGCGCACCAAAGCCAAAGCGCGCUGGCGGUGCCAGAGGUGGACGAGGUGGCCCAAUCCGUGGUGGACGUGGUGGUGGCUUCUCUCGAGGCGCACCGAGGGGGAGAGGUGGAUUCAGUGCUGGAGGCCGCGGUGGCUCCGGAUUCUCUCGCGGUGGCAGUGGUGGCUUCUCGAGGGGUGCACCGAGGGGCCGUGGUGGAUUCAGCAGAGGAAGAGGUUAGGGAUGGCGGUACAUCACAGAGUGGGGUUCUAGGCGUUUUGAUCACUUGUCUAUUUCAGGUUCUCUGUGUACAAAAGUCACAGCUGCCAUAGUUGGCUGGCAUCUAUCGAGUUGAAUGACAUUACUUAAAAUCUAUUGAAUUGGGUAUUAAUAGUCGUUGUCUGCAUAAUCACUUGUGCGACAUCAAUUUAUGAGUAAGACGUCGCUUCUACAGCUUAUCCGAUUGUGUCUUCGCUCCAUGACCCUGGUAUCGGAUCCAAAUAUGACCUGGUCCGAACGACGAGCUCUCAUCGUUGUUGCCCAAGCCAAUAUGCAA